AUGAGCAGCCAUCAGACAGUAAAAAUCUUCAAGAAAUCUUCUAUCCCAGGAGUUGUUGUCACUCAGUUUGUGAAUGAUGUUCCAGAAGGAUGCAGUACACCUGAUUUUGAGAAGAAACCGCUCACUCUGACACUGCAAGAAGGUAAAGAUGCCAUUUUCAGAGCUGUGGUCAAAGGUGUCCCAGCUCCUGAGGUGAAAUGGUCACGUACACAGAAAGGAAUGGAUGAUCCUGCCAAAUAUCAAAUGUCCUUCAAUAGUGCUACAAAUGAAUUCAUUCUGCAGAUCAAGAGCCUGGCUCCGGGUGACAGUGACUUGUAUCGCUGCUGUGCUGUCAAUGCCUACGGAGAGGCCUCGUGCUCUGCUGGCCUCAGGAUCCUCCAAGUUGGCUUUAAGAGGAAGGCAAAAUAUGUUCCUGUUCAUGCUGCUGAUGAGCUCAAGAAGACACUCCAGGACUCCAGGAAGAGGCUGAGGAAGAGGGCUGCAGCACCAAAACCCAAGCCCCUGGACAAAGAAGCUGUGUGGCAGCUGCUGCUGAAUGCAGAUAGGAGAGAUUAUGAGAAAAUCUGUAUAAAAUAUGGAAUUGCUGACUUCCGUGGGAUGCUGAGGAAGCUGCAGGAGAUGAGGAAAGAAACAGAGAGUGAGCAAGACAAGUUAGUUCACAGUCUCAAAAACUUUGAACACAUCAGAGUCAACAAGGAGGGAAAUGCUACGUUCAGCCUGGAGAUGGAGCUGAAAAACAGCAACAGCAACGUUUACCUGCUCAAGGACGGCGAGCGGCUCCGCUACGGCACCGGGGACGAGUACAGGAAGCACGGCCUGCGGCGGGUGGGCCGGCGGUACUGCUUCACCAUCAACGACGCGCAGCCCGAGGACGCGGGCGUCUACCAGGUCAGGGUGGAGGACGUCCCUGUCUUCUCAACCGAACUGGAUGCUCAAGCCAUCCCGGCGCGGUUCCGGCAGCCGCUCUCCGACGUCCGCUGUGCCGAGGCCGGCGACGCUGAGUUCCAGUGUGUGCUGUGCACGCCCUGCCACCAGCCCCUGUGGCUGCACAAAAGCUGCCCCCUCCAGGCCAGUGACAAGCACCAGAUGUCUGUGACACCCGAUGGCCUAAGCCACAAGCUGACCGUGAGGAACGUGGGGCCCUCGGACAGCGGCCUGUACACGCUCGACGCGGGACAGGGCUCCUCCAGCGCCUGGCUCCUCGUGGAGUAUGCCAAAGGAAAGAGGAGUCAGGAUGAAGAAGAAAAGAUUGUAAGGGAAACAUCUGAGUGGCUGAAAGAAACAAUGGCAGACAACGAAAGGGCGAGGAAGCUUCGGCGCCAGGAGCAAGCUGCUGCUGAAGAGCGUGCUUCCUUCUCCACAUCCUCUCCUGGGGAGAAAAGUGGCUGGCGCAGAACAGGUCAAGGCAGCAGCCAAGGCAGGGGCCAAGCACACUCCCUUGACUCUGGAGAUGGAAGCCAAUUUUUUUUGGGAAAAGAAGGGCUACGCAAAACCCACAUGAAUGGAGAGAUGGGGCCUGGGCAGUUUUCUGGAGCAGGUCUAGAUGGAGACUCAGCAGCCAAUGAUGGCAGCAUCUUUGGACUAAAAGGGGGCAGAAGUGGGUUAAGGGCUGUCCAUGGCAUGGACUCUGUGUCAGGCACUGCAGGUCCUGGUGGUGCAGGAGGAGGGGCAGGUGAACGGAAUUCUGUAGAUGGCAGAGGUGAAGGUUUGCUGAGUGCUGUUGACAUUGACAUGGGUGAUGGAGAAGGUUUGGGCUCUCAGCAUGACAAGGAUGGGAAUUUAGGUGAUGCCAAUUACAGAGCUGGUUUUGGGGGUGCUGGGAGGUUGGGUGGUGGAAGUGCUGUGCCAGAUGGGCUUGAUCCUGAUUCAACUGGAGUGGGAGCCAGAGGAUUGUGGUCUCACUAUGGCAAGGAUGGGCAUGCCACUGUGGGUGAUAUGAAUGGAGCAGGUAUAAACAGAGAGAGACAAACAGGGACUCCCUAUGGCAAGGAUGGCCUGACUCCUCAUGCCAGUGGUCAGUUAGGGCAGACAGGAAGAUCUGGCUCAUUGUAUGGGCCAGGAGGCCUUCCAGGUGGAGAUGGAGCUAUACCUGGUAGAGGUGGCAAUUCCACAGGAGAAAUGGAGGCUUUGUAUGGUCCAGAUGGUCAGGCGCUGGGAGCAGGUGCUGGUGGUGCUGGUGGGGUUGGUAGUGCAGGGGGAUUUGGGUCUCCCUAUGGGAAGGAUGGUCUCCCAGCUGGGGCUGGUGGAGCUGGUGCAGGAGGAUUUGGAGAGGCUUUGUAUGGUCCAGAUGGUCGGCCACUUGGGGCAGGUGUUGGUGCUGGGGCUGGUGCAGGGGGAUUUAGAGCUCCCUAUGGGAAGGAUGGUCUCCCAGCUGGAGCAGGUGCUGGUGGUGCAGGAGGAUUUGGGGAGGCUUUGUAUGAUGGUCGGCCACUUGGAGCAGGUGUUGUUGCUGGUGGUGGUACUGGUGCAGGGGGAUUUGGAUCUCCCUAUAGGAAGGAUGGUCUCCCAGCUGGAGCUGGUGGAACUGGUGUAGGACUUGGAGAGGCUUUGUAUGGUCCAGAUGGUCGGCCACUUGGAGCAGGUGUUGGUGCUGGUGCUGGUGCAGGGGGAUUUGGAUCUCCCUAUGGGAAGGAUGGUCUCCCAGUUGGGAGUGGUGGUGGUGCAGGGGGUGUUGGAGGUCCCUAUGGGAAGGAUGGUCUCCCAGUUGGAGCUGGUGGAGCUGGUGCAGGAGAGGCUUUGUACGGCCCAGAUGGUCGGCCACUUGGAGCAGGUGUUGGUGGGGCUGGUGCAGGGGGAUUUGGAAUUCCGUAUGGAAAGGAUGGUCUGCCAGUUGGAGCAGGUGCUGAUGGGGCUGGUGGUACAGGGGGACUUGGAUCUCCCUAUGGGAAGGAUGGUCUCCCAGCUGGAGUUAGUGGAACUGGUGUAGGAGGACUUGGAGAGGCUUUGUAUGGCCCAGAUGGUCGGCCACUUGGAGCAGGUGCUGGUGGGGCUGGUGGUGCAGGGGGAUUUGGAUCUCCCUAUGGGAAGGAUGGUCUCCCAGUUGGGAGUGGUGGAGCUGGUGCUGGAGAGGCUUUGUAUGGCCCAGAUGGUCGGCCACUUGGAGCAGGUACUGGUGGAGCUGGUGGGGCAGGAGGAGUUAGGGGUCCCUAUGGAAAGGAUGGUCUCCCAGUUGGAGAUGGUUUUGGUGGUGUUGGUACCGGGGGACCUGGAACUCCCUAUGGGAAGGAUGGUCUCCCAGCUGGAGCAGGUGUUGGUGUUAGUGGUGCAGGGGGAGUUGGGGGUUCCUAUGGAAAGGAUGGUCUCCCAGCUGGAGCAGGUGCUGGUGGGGCUGGUGGUGCAGGGGGAUUUGGAUCUCCCUAUGGGAAGGAUGGUCUCCCAGUUGGAGCUGGUGGAGCUGGUGCAGGAGAGGCUUUGUAUGGCCCAGAUGGUCGGCCACUUGGAGCAGGUGUUGGUGCUGCUGGUUCUGCGAGCGCCAGGGGAAUUGGAGCUCCCUAUGGAAAGGAUGGUCUCCCAGCUGGAGCAGGUGCUGGUGGGGCUGGUGGUGCAGGGGGUGUUGGAGGUCCCUAUGGAAAGGAUGGUCUGCCAAUUGGAGCAGGUGCUGGUGUUGGUGGUGCAGCAGGUGUUGGGGGUCCCUAUGGAAAGGAUGGUCUCCCAGUUGGAGCUGGUGUUGGUGGGGCUGGUGGUGAAGGGGAAGUUGGAUCUCCCUAUGGAAAGGAUGGUGUUCCAAUUGGGAGUGGUGGUGGUGCAGGGAUUGUUGGGGGUCCCUAUGGAAAGGAUGGUCUGCCAGUUGGAGCAGGUGCUGGUGUAGCUGGUGGGGCAGGGGCUGUUGGGGGUCCCUAUGUAAAGGAUGUUCUCCCAGCUGGAGCUGGUGUUGGUGGUGCAGGGGAUAUUGGAACUCCCUAUGGAAAGGAUGGUCUCCCAGUGGGAGCAGGUGGUGCAGGGAGUGUUGGGGGUCCCUAUGGAAAGGAUGGUCUCCCAGUUGGAGCUGGUAUUGGUGGUGCAGGGGGUGUUGGGGGUCCCUAUGGAAAGGAUGGUCUCCCAGUUGGAGCAGGUGGGGCAGGGGCUGUUGGGGGUCCCUAUGGAAAGGAUGGUCUCCCAGUUGGAGCUGGUGUUGGUGUAGCUGGUGGGGCAGGGAGUGUUGGGGGUCCCUAUGGAAAGGAUGGUCUCCCAGUUGGAGCUGGUGUUGGUGUAGCUGGUGGGGCAGGGAGUGUUGGGGGUCCCUAUGGAAAGGAUGGUCUCCCAGCUGGGGCUGUGGCAGGAGCUGCCCAUUUUCCUCUUGGAGGUGAGGAAGCGAGGGGAUUGGGCCGUGGCAUGGAUGCCAUGCUGAGCAGAGCUCCGGGGUAUGCAGGUGGAGCAGGAGGAGAGGGCUUUUCCAGGGAAGGCUCUGCCCUGUGGGGUGCAGGGUCUCCCUAUGGCGAGGACAGAGGGUCAGGUGUAGCCACAGCUGGUGCAGGUGGAGCUGGGAGGCUGGGAGGGGAUGGAUGGGAUUCAGUCGGUGGUAAAGGAGGUGUGGGAGCUGCUGGUGGCCCAGGAGGAGAAUAUGGGCUGGAUGCACAUCUUGGCAGAUCUUUGAGAGCUGAAACUGGAAAGGGUGCUGCCAGUGAUGUCAGAGGGCCAGGGAACAAAGGUUCAGCUGGUGACAGAGGGUCCCUGUCAGGUCCAGGAGGAGCCAGGGGAGAGGGAGGAGAUUUCACACAGUUGGGCUCCCUUUACUCUGCCUUUGGAGAGGCAGGGAGUAAAUCCCAUGACAGAUCUGUUGAUGGGAGUAGCUCAGGUGGGUUUGGUCAAGGUCCACUGAGUUAUGGCCAGGUGUCAGGUCCUUUCGGUGGACCUCCUUCAGCAAACCAGAGAAACCAGGAACCUGACCUGGAUCUUAAAGCAAAUGAUUCCCUGAACAAGACGGAAAGCAAACAAAAGAGACGGAGUGUCCUGGAUGAUAUCAAAGUCCCGCGCUGUUACCUCAACAAGCAGCUGGCGACCGUGCGGGUGCUGAAGGGGGACCCGGCUGAGCUGUCCUGCACGGUCAGCAGGGACAACGUGACAGGAACCUGGUUCAAGGAUGGCCUGAAGUUAACAAGCAUGGAUGGAGUUGUAUUUGAAAAGAAAGGUCUUGUCCACAAACUGAUCAUCAACAAGGUUGAAAAUAUUCAUGCUGGGAAAUACAGGUUUGAAGGUGGAGAUGUAAAAACUGAAGCUUCAAUUUUUGUUGAAGAUCCUCCCCAGGUGGACAAAGUUGUCCUCAAGAACUUGACCAGUGUCCCCACGGUGGCCAAGGCCGGGGAGGGGGUGAAGCUGCGGAUCCCCUUCGAGGGUCGGGGGCCCAUCAGGGCAGCGUGGCUGAAGGACAGGAUGGAGCUGGGCGAUGACUCCAGGAUCCGUGUGGACAAGACAGACACCUGCACCACGCUGUCCAUCUCCAGCUGCGACAGGAGGGACUGUGGGGAUUACAAAGUCAGGCUCAAGAACGACAGUGGUGUCCUGGAGAUCAACCUAAAGCUCAUGGUGAUAGACAAGCCACAGCCUCCAGCAGGACCCAUCAAAAUUGUCGAAAGCUCCGCCGACAACAUCACAAUCCAGUGGAAGCCCCCAAAGGACGACGGGGGCAAACCAGUGCAGAGGUACCUCGUGGAGAGGCAGCAGGUGGGCAGGAACGACUGGGAGACUCUGGGAGAAACCCCCAGGAGCUGCACCAGCUUCACCACAAACAAAGUGGAGGAAGAGAUGAGCUACUACUUCAGGGUGAGGGCCGUGAAUGCCGAGGGAGUGAGCGAUGCGCUGGAGUCAGGGGAAGUGAAGGCUGCUGGUAAAGGUUCCCCUGGUGCCCCAGAUCGCCCUGAGAUUAUCAGUGCCAGCAAGGACACCAUCACCAUAUCCUGGAAAGCUCCUUGUAAAACUGGCACUUCCCAAAUUAAGGGAUACAUUGUUCAGAAACGCAAGAAGGGCACUGUGACCUGGCUGCCCGUCACCAACGUGCCUGUCAAAGACAAGAAACUGAAGGUGACUGGCCUCAAGAAGGGUGUGCAGUACGAGUUCCGUGUGGCAGCUGUCAAUGCUGCUGGCACAGGAGAGCCCAGUGACCCCUCAGAGCCUGCCUUUGCCCAGGACCCCACCAAAUCUCCAGGCCAAGUGCAGGACCUUAAAGUGAGCAGCAGUGACAGCACCAGUGUCACCCUGACAUGGAACAAACCUGAAGUACAAGACGGGAAUGAUGUGAAAGGCUACGAGGUGGAGAUGAGGCCCUGUAACAGCCUCAACUGGACCAAGUGCUUCACCCUCCCUGCCGGGAGCACCUCGUGCCGGGUGCAGGGCCUGCAGGCCCGGGAGAAGCUGUUCCUGCGCGUCAGGGCCCUCGGCGACGGCGGCCCCGGGGAGGCCGCGGAGCUGGAGGCGUGUGCUGGAGCUGCUGCUGCUGCCCUGGUCUCUCCCAGGUUCCUGAUAGAUGACACAGUGAAAAGCUUCCUGCUUAUAAAAGCAGGGGAUCCCAUCCGGGUGAAGAUUCCCUUUGAGGGAUCUCCCGAGCCGGCGGUGACGUGGCUGAAGGACGGGCUGCCCCUGCCCGGCCGCGCUGCCGUGAGCACCGAGCAGGGGAGCAGCCAGCUCCUGCUGCGGGCAGCGGAACUCGGAGACAGCGGCACCUACACUGUGGAGCUCGGGGAUGGGCUGGGCAAAGGCGAAACCUUCAGCUUCCAGGUUCAAGUUACAGAUGUCCCUCAGCCCCCUGGAGCCAUCCGGCUGGAGGAGAAUGUCCCCAACACAGUGACAGUGACCUGGGAGCCCUCAGCCUCUGAGCAGUGGGAGAAGAACCUGUACUACACUGUCCUGAAACGGGAGUCCCAGAAGGGCCUGUGGCAUGUGCUGGGGGACCUGAUCUACAACAACAAGUUCACCUUCACCAGGAUGGUCCCAGGCAGGGAUUAUUACUUCAGAGUUGUGGCAAAAAAUGACGUGGGAGCCAGUGAUCCAUCAGAGACUGUGCAGCCCUGGAGGAUCUGGAAAAAAAAGGCUGAAUUUCGAGUGAAAGCACAGAAAUACAGGGGAGUUAACCAGAACCAGCCCCCGAGGUUCCUGGUGCCGCUGAAGUGCCAUGUGGUGGUGACAGGCAGCGAGUGCCACAUGAGCUGUGCUGUGGGAGGCCACCCCCCACCAAAAGUCACUUGGUACAAGGACAGCAGAGACCUCUCCAGAGAUCCCAACUACUUCUGCACCAACGACUUCGGCGUGUGCUCACUGGUGGUGCUGGGGGUCACCAAGCAGGACGAGGGCGAGUACAUGGUGGAAGCCAGCAAUGAAGUGGGCCGUGCCUUCAGCAAAGCCUUCCUCGCCAUCAAAGGUAAUGCACUGCUGCUUCCCUGGCAGAUCCAGGGCUGUCCCUGCUGCCCAGGGCCUCAGAAAUGGUCCCCGGCCAGCUCCACCUGCUGA